GUCACGCGUGACGUUACCUCAGCCUGAUAUCAGUGCAGCAUGGCGGCGCUCUCGGUACCGCUGAAAUGUGGGUUUCACAUUCAAAGGCGUAAAUUAUCGAUUUUACUACAGAAGAGCAGCACUUUUCACGCGUGGAGUUAUCACGACCACAGAGCGGCGAGUAAACGGAAACACCGGAACACUUAUCAGCUAUCAAGUCCAAACCUAGCAUCAUCGACAUGGGCUGUCAACAGAGGUCACAACAGUCAACAGAUCCUGGAAACAGUAAAACAUUUACAGAUCCCAGAGAGACAGUGCUGGCAUGGACAUGCAGGAGGAGGACUCAAUGCUGAUCCCAAAAAUGUGCUGGUUGAAGUGAACUCAUCGAAGAUUCUGGCAGCAAUGUUGACGUACGUUUGGCCCAAAGACCGACCAGACCUCCGAGCACGUGUGGCCAUAUCACUGGGCCUGCUUGCUGGAGCCAAGAUAACCAAUGUGACGGUGCCCUUCAUGUUUAAAUAUGCAGUGGACAGCCUCAACCAGAUGUCGGGACACAUGUUGAACCUGAGCGAUGCGCCAAACACUGUGGCAACCAUGGCAACGGCUGUUUUGAUUGGCUACGGUGUGUCCCGUGCCGGAUCAGCGCUCUUCAAUGAGCUGAGGAAUGCUGUGUUUGGGAAAGUGGCUCAGAGCUCUAUCAGAAGAAUUGCUAAGAACGUCUUCCUCCAUCUUCAUAACCUGGAUCUUGGAUUCCACCUGAGCAGACAGACAGGAGCGCUGUCAAAGGCCAUCGACCGCGGGACACGAGGAAUCAGCUUUGUUCUCAGCGCUCUGGUCUUUAACCUGGGGCCCACUCUGUUUGAGAUGCUUCUGGUCUGCGGCAUUUUGUAUUAUAAAUGUGGGGGUCAGUUUGCGCUGGUCACUCUGGGAACGCUAUCGGCAUACACCGCAUUCACAAUCGCUGUUACACAAUGGAGGACGCGGUUCAGGAUAGAGAUGAAUAAGGCUGAUAAUGAAGCUGGAAAUGCUGCGAUAGACUCUCUUCUCAAUUAUGAAACUGUUAAGUAUUUCAACAAUGAGAAGUAUGAGGCCGAGCAGUAUGAUGGUUUUCUGAAGGUGUACGAAUCGUCGUCUCUGAAGACUACCUCUACUCUGGCCAUGCUAAACUUUGGUCAGAGCGCCAUCUUCAGCGUUGGUCUCACCGCUGUCAUGGUGCUCGCAAGCAAAGGCAUAAUGGCAGGAACGAUGACAGUGGGAGAUUUAGUUAUGGUGAACGGACUGCUGUUCCAGCUCUCUAUGCCACUCAACUUCCUGGGCACUGUGUACAGAGAGACCAGACAGGCCCUCAUAGACAUGAACACACUCUUCACACUUCUUAGUGUGGACACCAAGAUAAAGGAGAAAGAAAUGGCCUCUCCAUUGCUCGUUACACCCCAGGAAGCCACCAUCAGGUUUGAAGAUGUGUAUUUUGAGUACUUGGAGGGACAAAAGGUGCUUAAUGGGGUUUCUUUUGAAGUACCUGCUGGGAAAAAGGUGGCUAUUGUUGGCGGCAGUGGAUCUGGGAAGAGCACAAUUGUCAGAUUACUCUUUCGUUUCUACGAGCCACAGCAAGGCAACAUCUACAUUGCAGGCCAGAACAUUCGUGAUGUAGGUUUGGAAAGUUUGAGGAAAGCUGUUGGUGUCAUACCGCAGGAUGCUGUGCUUUUCCACAACACUAUAUUUUACAAUCUGCAAUAUGGCAACAUCAAUGCCACAGCGGAGGAAGUUUACGAAGUGGCCAGACUGGCUGAAAUCCAUGAUGCCAUUCUCAAAAUGCCUCAUGGGUACGACACACAGGUUGGAGAACGAGGAUUGAAACUCUCAGGUGGAGAGAAGCAGCGUGUGGCUAUCGCACGAGCGAUCCUAAAGGAUCCUCCCAUUCUACUUUACGACGAGGCCACGUCUUCACUGGACUCCAUCACUGAGGAGAAUAUUCUGAAUUCCAUGAAGGAAAUGGUGAAGGACAGAACAUCCGUCUUUAUCGCUCACCGGCUGUCCACCAUCGUGGAUGCAGAUGAGAUUAUUGUUUUAAAUCAGGGGAAGGUGGCAGAACGCGGCAAUCAUCACACACUACUGAACACUCCUGGCAGCCUGUACGCGGAUCUGUGGAACACACAAAACAGCAAAAUACUGAGUGACGGCAACAAGCCUGAGCCGGCAGCCGAGCGACGCUCACAGAAAGAGGAGGAACGCAAGAAACUGCAGGAGGAGAUCAUGAACAGCGUGAAGGGCUGCGGGAACUGCUCAUGUUGAGACUGACGGACGUUUCCACACGUACAUAGCACAGUCACGCCCAGACCUGCCUCAGUCGCCAUCCACCAGCCCUCACAUGACCGGCUACAGGCAUCUAUGACUGAUGGCCACUGCCAUCCACCAGCCCUCACAUGACCGGCUACAGGCGUCUAUGACUGAUGGCCACUGCCGAGCGGCAGGAAAUUGUCCUUUGUCCAUCAGCUAUGACAGCUGGUCUCAAGAAUAUUAUUUAAUCUUGUUUAUUAAUCGGAGAGGAUGUUCUCCCACUGCACCAAACAUGUCAAGAACAUGUUCAUGCAGGUCACAUUUUCACCGCAAAAAUCAAAAGACAGGAAGAAUCUCAGUUUUUCAUAGAGUAAAUGAAGGCUAUUUGUAUUGUGACACUUUAUUUUCUCCAACAAAUUCUCAUUAUGGUUAUGCAUCUUGACAUACAGUAUGUUUUUGGGUAAUUCUCAUUAUUUUGAAUAAUGUUUCUCAUUAGUUUCUCAAUGAUUGGUACAAUCAAAAUUACUCUAAUAAUUUUUUUUAUUAAAAUCAGCAUAAAUUAAAGGCAGUACAACAAAUAUAACAAUGAUGUAUAAAUCAUUUUUGCAUUACAGUAAUGAGUAUUUUGGGGAAAAUGUGCAUAAAUAUCAUGAAAACGAUGUUACAAUGCUAAAUAAAAUAAAACAAUUCUUAAAAUAGGCUUUAUUUUCUUUUGGCAAAAUAUAAUGUCUCGUUUUCUUUUGAUUUUGGGAUGAAAUAUGACACGGACACGUUCUUCGCCCUCUUGAAAUUCACCUGCAAAUGGGAUUACUGCAGUUUGUCCAUAACCGCAAGAGCCCACACUAUGACAUGCCUUUAUUUUCACAUCUUAUCAAGGUGAUUUGACCCUUGUUUUAAUUAUUUGUCUGUGUAAUUGGGAACUCUUGUUGGCUGUUUUAUUAUGCAUAUGUACAUAUUACUAUUAUAAUAUAUUGGACUAAAUCAGUGCAGAGAAGCACAUUGUAUAGGAGCAUAAUUGUCAUCAAAUAGAUAUUUAGUCUCAGAAGAUGUUAGUUAUGUCUGGAACAUUUAGACAAAGUUGGUUAAUAUCAGCACAUUUGAUGCCUCAUAUUUUGAGAUAUGAGUUUAAUGAGGACGUUAACAAACAAUAACUUAUAACAAAUGCCCAAUCUGAAGGUGACAUAAGACAGCUUUUUUGACCAUGUGUCAAUGAUGUAACACUUAUUUUUUGUGUGUGUUUAAAAUAAAUAAAUAAAUACAUUAAUAACGUGAUGAUACAAAUAAGGACUUGAAUGCAGUUCUUCUAUGACAAAUGUUCAAAUUCUGAUUUUGAAUAAAUUUAGAUAUUUUUGUGGGGCUUAAAGUUAAAAAUGCCCGGUUGGUUUAAACAUCUACUUUACUAAGAAGAGAAUAAAAAUAAAUAAAUAAAUUGUCAGUAGUUGGAGGAAAAGGCAGAAUCAUUUUUUUAUUUGCCAUAAUUAUUAUUUCCUAAAAAAGAUUCAUAAGAAGUGAAGCCGAUUUGGUAUAUUAGUAUUAAAAGAUUAGUAUUUGGCUAAUAUGUUCACUAAACCAAAGUCAGUGUCGUGUAAUCAACAGGAAAUUACAUCACAGAAAAAACUCCUGUAGACCUUUAUGAAUGCAUGUCAAGGUUUUAAACAUAAAUCAAUCUUUUUAUGAUAUUGCAAUAUUAGCUCAGGUUGUCAAAUGGCAUGAGCGUUAGAAAAGAAUGAAUGUACAGAAGUACAACAAGGUGUAAGGUUAAAAAAAAAGUCAUUACUUCACUUGAUAAUUACAUCACUUGACAUUUUUAGAGUGAUUCACCAUUGUUAAAAAUGUGAUGAGCUUUUCUCAAAAACAUGCAAAACAAUGUACGUCGAGGUGAUUCACACAAACCUGUCAAGGAAAUGUUUUGGUCAUAUUUAACCCCAAGUUAAUGCAAGAAAACAUGAAAUUAUGUUUGCAUAAAGCAAAUGAAGCCUAGAUUUAGGACCAUUCAUAUUUGUUGCAUUGUGACAUUAUUUUCAGGACACCUGAGAACGUUGUAUCCCCAAUUCUCAUUUCCGUGUGUUUUACCUGUACUAUUCCUAUUGUUUUAUUGUCAUUCUUGUUUUACUGUUUUAUGAUAAAAGAUGCUGUUGUUCAGUUAUUUUGAUUAUUAUUAUUAUUAUUAUUAUUAUUAUUAUUAUUAUUAUUAAAAUCAGCUCAAAUGAAAGGCAGUACCAAGGGAGUAGUACUGUGAUGUACAAAUGCUUUUUAAAUGUAUUAUUAAAAAUGUUUCACUUUGCGGCAGUGAGAAUUUCACAAUGAGCACUAUGUUUCCUCUUGUUGUGAUAAUGAGGAUUGGGGGGUAAAAUGUGCAUAAAUGUCAUGAAAAUAAUGUAAAAAAUCUUAAUAUCCCCAAAAAUAGUCUUAUGCAAAACACUGAUUUUGAAAUCAAAUAGGACCAGGACAUUUUCUUGACAGGUUUCGUGAGAAUUGCAUGUCUAUGAACCUGACAAAUGUGUUUUAAACUAGAUUUUCAAAUGAUUUUUCAUUUUCAUCAUCUUUGGCAUCCUUGUUUGUCAUUUACCUAAAUACAACAAAAACUAAAUUCCAAACCAAAUAAAUAUACUUUAUUUUA